CAGUCAGCAGUUAAACAGAUUUUUCACUAACACACAACUUAAAUUGGGUCACUUCGAGACGAUCACUUAAAGUAAUAAUAAAUUGCAAUUCAGAUGCCUAAAUGAGUGAGAAGUUGAAGCAGUAUCGUUAUAACCGUUGAGUUCCUUCGAAGACGGACUGGCAGGCUGAUUCAAACAUGUAAAACUUUUUGAACAUUUCAUCAAAACAACUGACAAACAAAGACCUCUACAACCAGAGAAGCAACACUGGCAGAAGUAGUAUCACACAUUACUCCGCUAAUAAAGGUUUCAAAGCAGGAACAAUCCCCAAAAUAUCUCUGGAUAGACUGGAUGCCAUUGUCGCCGGAAAGAAAAACAACUUGUACGAGGACAAACAAAUGGACUCUUUGCCGUACUGCUGAUGGUGCUGGAGUGGACCCGUCCAGGCCUGUCCUCCCCAUUACGCCCCAUCUGUGACCUGCGCGUCCUCGACCAUUUCAUUAAGGAGGCUUGGGAUGCAGAGGCUGCUAUGAGAGCGUGUAAGGAUGCUUGCAGCAUUGCAACAAACUUCACUGUUCCUCUGACAAGAGUUGAUUUUGAUGUCUGGGAAGCAAUGAAUAUAGAGGAGAAAGCUCAGGAGGUCCAGUCAGGCUUACACGUGCUGAACGAGGCCAUCGGCUCAUUACAGGCGUCUAAUCAGACUGACGUGCUACAGUCCCACGUAGAUGCCAGUAUUAGCAACAUUGCCAGCAUCAGACAAGUGCUGCGAAGUGUCAGCAUACCGGAAUAUGUACCUCCUGCCAGCGGUGGAGAAGACGAGGAGACACAGAAAGUAUCAUCGAUCUCAGAGCUGUUUCAGGUCCACAGCAACUUCCUGCGGGGAAAAGUGCGUCAUCUGCUUGCCAGUGCACCUGUCUGCAAACAAGGUGUCAGCUGAUAGACAAUUUUGAGCAAGGGCCAAACUAAUUGGAGCUCCUCAUAUCAGAAGGGCAGGAUAAUGGGCUAUUACAAAGGAUAUGUUGCUGAGGUUUGAAUGACUGGGAGUUGUAGCACUUUGAAAGAUUUACUCACAAAGGGAAAAGAAGACAUCCCCCAGAAUGCAAAGCGCUCGCUUUGGCUGCCUUUGCAGAAAAUCAACCAAAAUCAACCAAACGCAAUCAUGAAACUUCAAGAAAUCACUCCUCUUUCCCCACAUGACUGUUGGCACUUGCCCAGCUCGACUGGGAAGGUUUAUCUGGGACUUUUUUUUCCAAGUGUUUUGUAUUGCUUAUAAAAUUGUCAUUAUUUAUAUAGAUGAUAUUUCUUAGAGCUGGAAUCACUUGCUUUUGCAGGUUCUUUUCUGAAGCUAUUCAAGUGAAGACCUCUCUUCCUCCAUUCACUGUGGCCUGAAGCACCUCCAAACAUUGAACUGUUGAUAGAGAAGCCUAUUUAUCAAUAUUAAAUAUGCACUGUAGGUUUUAUAUUCAUUUCGGUGUUACGUCUGUGUGUGUGUACGUAUGUGUGACUUUCGUGAAUGCUGCAGGGAAUGUUUCAAGCUUCGGGGAGGAAGGCUGUAAUGCUGAAUUCUUACGGGUCAGUUGGGGUGAACAGGAAGAAGGACUAGAUUGCUGCUUGUGUCGGGGGAAUUGGAAGCUUUCGUGAGAGCUGAUGAGGCUUUGCGUUAGCUCAUGUCUGAAUUACGCGGUCCUGUGCAGAUAACGUCGCUUCCAGGAACAAUAUUGAUUAGUGUGUGUAUGACGAACAUCCUGGCCUGCUUCCACUUUACGCACGACGCUGCAUAUUUGCCUUUGGGAAAUGAUCGUAAGGUUGACAUUUUGUUUCUUUUUUUUUUCUGUAUAACUUGUGUUUUUCGUAAAUAGCCUGUUUUUUUACGUCUGUCAAUCAGUCUCCGUCUAGAUGCAACAAAGUAUGUUUGUAGAUGUUUUUUUCCUGUUGUUUUGCUGUUGUUUGGUUCUUUCAUCACAAUGUCAUUUGGUAUUCAAAUACAAAGUACUAUUCUUAGCUGAAAAUAGAAAUGCAAAAACAAGGAGAGAGGAAGUUUUUCUUUUUGUCUUAUGAAGCAUCUCUGCUGAGAAUGUCAAUACACUGCUCACAAUUCUGUAAAUACAUGUGAUUCCAAUGUGAAUUCUUGAAGAAUUUAAUGAGAAAACAAGUACUUUAUUAUCUAUGAGAGGAAGAACUAGGCAUACAUUAUGCCUUAGACAUGGCAGGAUUAUAAAAUAAGUACCGGAUUUUUGUCAUGUUUCCACUGAAGGAAUUUAGUCACACCACUAAAUGUUUUUGAAAACCCUUUUGUGUCAUUCCUUUUCACUCUACUUGCUACCAAAAUAUCUGCUCUUUUAGUUUGUUCAAGAAUGGCUGGGCAAACAUUUUGAUACAGUAUACUUAAUAAAAGCAAAUCUGAUCUAUUACUGAGCAGCCAUCAGA